GAGCAAAAUCAAAACACGUCAGCAGCCAAAAUUCUGGUCUGAGGCAGUCCAUUUGUGAGAGUUUUGAGUAGUCCGUCUCCUCCUCUUCCUAAUCAAACCAGAAGAUAAACCACCAAUCCAUUUCCUCUGAAAUUUCCCCAAAUCCAUUAUCCACACAUUCUCUCCAGACGAAUGACCAAAACCAAAACCCUAGGAUUUACCAGCUAGGUGUUUCGGGCUGCAUGAGUAGUUACCGAGAAGUAUCGGUAGAAGAAAUCCAUUGCUUCAAAGUUGUGAAGCAGUUGAAUAAACCAUGGCGGUUGUUGUUUCUCACGCUUUCCUUGCUGUUCGUCAAGCUCCGUUUACGUCGUCGUCUUCCUUUAGAAUACGCCCUUGCUUCUCUUCUCGUCGAUGGUUAACUCCUCCUCGCUUUACCCCUCAAAGGGUUGGAAGUUUUAGUUCUAGAUGUUCCAUAAAUACUGACGUCUUAACUGACAUUGCAACUGAUGAAGAGGUUCGAGAUGAUGUUGCAACUGAUGAUUUCGGCUGUACAGUACCUGUUCUUCAUCUCAAAUCUGAUAUCCUGGAAACUGAAGCACUAAAUCUGCUAGCUAAGGGCACAUUUGUGGACACUCUCCUGACAACAUUGCCUGUCCUAACAGAGGAGGAGCAGAAUAUUAUUGCUGCAACACCUGCUCAUCCAGCAGGGUUAUACGGUUAGUCUUUUCCCUUAAGUGGAAUGACAUUUCAUAUUGUAGUGGUAGAAGCUUAACUUAUGGUUAAAAGUGAAUGAAUUGCUGUCUGCUGUACGUUAAAAUGAUGGUAAAGGCAUAACCUCAGCCUGGUUUGGAAUUAACCAAAGGAUACUUCUGUGAAAUACUAAUACAUUGAGUAUCUGGUGCAGUCCUCUAGAAGUUCGUAUGAUAUGAGGUUGAGACAUAAAUAUCUAUUUUCUUUUAAUCAGAUUUCAUAUGGUAGAUGGGUUAUUUGGAGUAACAAAGCAAUGUCAUUGUACAAGCUGAAGAUUUUACUUUUGAGAGCUCCCUAAGAACUCAAAUCUUUUAUCUUCAGUAACGGUAUAUAUAUAGUGUUUCCUACGAAAGUUAUUUUAUGUAUGCUUUGAGACUUAAUCUAACAAG